CUGCAAUAUAAAUGGUUGCUGCAGCAGCAGUUAGGGUACCUUUUGUCUCCCCAGGCCUCUCCAGUCUCUUCUGGACCAGAGGACUGCUCACCAUGAAGCUGCUUGCCCACAUCCUGUGUCUCUCGCUGGCUCUGGCAUGGGCUCAGUCGCAAGAAGCACAUGCAUCAGCUGUCCUUGACCGCUGUCAAGGCCUUGAGAUGGACGCUGUUGCAGUGAACGAAGAGGGAAUCCCAUACUUUUUCAAGGGUGACCAUCUGUUCAAGGGCUUCCAUGGCAAAGCAGAGCUGUCUAAUGGGUCCUUUGCCGAAUUGGAUGACCAUCACCACCUGGGCCACGUAGAUGCUGCUUUCCGCAUGCACUACGAAGACAACCCCGACCACGACCACAUGUUCUUCUUCUUGGACAACAAGGUGUUCAGUUUUUACCAACACAAGUUGGAGGAUGGCUACCCCAAGGACAUCUCUGAGGUCUUCCCUGGAAUCCCUGACCAUCUGGACGCUGCUGUAGAGUGCCCCAAGCCAGAGUGUGACGAAGACUCGGUCAUCUUCUUCAAGAAGGAUGACAUCUACCACUACAAUGUCAGAACCAAGGCUGUGGAUGAGAAAGAGUUCAAGUCUAUGCCAAACUGCACAUCUGCCUUCCGCUUUAUGGAGCACUACUACUGCUUCCAUGGACACAUGUUCUCCAAGUUUGACCCAAAGACUGGUGAGGUGCAUGGCAGAUACCCCAAAGAGGCCCGCGACUACUUCAUGAGAUGUUCAAAGUUCAGUGAUGAUAGCGACCACGUGGAGAGAGAGCGCUGUAGUCGUGUUCACCUUGAUGCCAUCACAUCUGACAAUGCUGGAAACAUGUAUGCCUUCAGAGGCCACCAUUUCAUUCGUAAAGAUGAGGGCAAUGACACACUGAAGGCUGACACCAUUGAGAAUGCCUUCAAGGAGCUGCACAGUGAGGUGGAUGCUGUUUUCUCUUAUGAGGGUCACCUUUACAUGAUCAAGGAUGACCACCUAUAUCUUUACAAAGUUGGAGAGCCCCACACCCACUUGGACGGUUACCCUAAGCCUGUGAAGGAGGAGCUGGGCAUCGAGGGUCCCAUUGAAGCUGCAUUUGUCUGCGAGGAUCAUCACAUUGCUCACAUCAUCAAAGAGGGGAAGAUUUAUGAUGUGGAGUUGAAGGCCAGCCCUCGCGUCGCAGCCAAUGAGCGUCCAAUUUCCCUGCUGAAGAAGGUCGAUGCUGCCAUGUGCGAUGCUACAGGAAUUAAAGUGAUCACAGGCAACCACUUGUACCACUUUGAGAGUACCAUGGUGUUUGUUACUGCCAAGUCCUUGCCUGAGCAGAAAAGGGUAUCCCUGGAGCUGUUCGGCUGCGAUCACUAAGAGGCUUGCUUGACAGGACUGACUAGAUUAACAACACAGUAAAACGUGGAGAAACGACAGCACCAGCAACAUCAUACAGGAGGCCCUAACAACAAGUCACCAAGCAGACAGUGGUACAAUGUUUCAUACUAACUGUUUCCCUUCUGUAUCUUACCUCAAAAUAACCCUCUGUUUUAUUUCUUUCUGGAAGGGUCCUCACUUUUCAUAAUUAAACUCAGCAGUCCUCUGUGUGCUACUAAAAAGUUAAAGGGUACUACAUGUUUUUCAGUGAUUCAUUUUGUAUGGUGUUGUUGUGAAUAAAGAGGAGAAGCAACAAACAA